CCCUAGUCCAUCCCGCCAUGACAUCUCUGUUUUUUCAUAACAAAAUCCUAUCCCUUCCACCCCCCGCCAUUCCUCCUCACCGGUCCUUACCAUCACUAACCAGCAUCCCUAACCCUAGACAAGACUAUCUUCCCCGUUGCUUCCUGCCAAAUCGAGUACAAACCCUAUUCCGAGAAAUCAAUGGAGACUCCAAUUCUAAUCACGAAACUGAACGAGGCCUCGAUUUCGAAACAGGAACUUCUUUCUUCCGCCAUGAGAGCGCAAUUGGGCGCGACCUUGGAGUUCUCGCUGCUUCUAUCUACAAGAGAUCAAAAGGUAGUCUUCGAGUUCUUGAUGCAAUGUGCGGUUGCGGAAUUCGGUCUCUCCGAUACCUCGUUCAAGCUGAAGCUGAUUUUGUUUGGGCGAACGACGCAAAUGAAGAUUACAGGAGUACCAUCUUGUCGAACUUGUCACGGGAAGCUAGGAUUUCGGGGGAUGAGCGAAGAUGGGUGGUCACACAUUUCGAUGCGAAUCGGGUUAUGACGGAGUGCUAUCUCCAGAGAGAUUUCUUCGACCUUAUAGAUAUUGAUUCUUUUGGCAGUGAUUCUUCUUUCUUCAGGUCAGCAUAUGAUUCUUUGAAGAUUGACGGGUUGCUUUAUAUUACUUCGACGGACGGAUUUUCUUCAGGCGGUCAUCGGCCCCACAAUUCUCUAGCUUCAUAUGGGGCCUAUAUUCGCCCUAUGCCAUAUGCGAAUGAGAUUGGUUUGCGGAUGCUUAUAGGUGGGGCCCUAAGGGAUGCUGCUGUUUUAGGAUACUGUGUCUCGCCACUUUUCUCAUACUUUUCAUACCAUGGACCUGUCUUCAGGGUCAUGCUCCAAGUAAAUCGUGGAAAGCUUCCUAAAAAUAGGUAUUAUGGUUUCAUCAGCUACUGCACUCAGUGCGGGAAUUCUCAGGCAUGUUCCUGGGAUGAACUUGGGCAGAUAAAUUGCCCAUGCAAUAACAGAGAGGUUUCACGAUCAGUGGUUGUGUCAGGCCCCCUUUGGACUGGACCUCUUCAUUGUGCUACCUUUGUAACUGAAAUGUUGAACUUAGCUGAACAGUGGGGAUGGACAGGUGCUGGCAAAGCCACGGAUUUGGCAAAGCUUCUGAACCAUAUGAUUGAUGAAAGUGACCCUGUGUUGCCAUUUGGAUACAUCAAACUUGAUGAGAUAGCAAAGCGUGCCAAGAUAAAUUCCCCAUCCCUAAGGACCAUGAUUACCUCCUUGCGAAAGGAGGGAUAUGCUGUUAGCAGGUCACACAUAGCUUCUAAUGCAAUCAAGACAAAUUGCCCAAUGACAAUGUGCAUUCAAAUAGCAAGGGAGCUCCAACUCAGCUAAAUGGUUAUGAGUAGGGAAUCUUAUGUUCCUUGAGGCAAGAACUUUUUCUUGCUAACCUGUGUGGGCUGUCAAAAACAUUGUUUGCUCUGUCAUCAGUCACAGAAUUUGUACCAUGAACCCAGUGACAACAUUCUGCAGCUAGAGGAUCACCCAGCUCUGAUGAUGAAAAGGUUGAGCACUGGACGCUCCAAAGAAAUCACUUGGAAACUAGAAGUGCCCAUUUUCCAAAACAAGUGAAGAGGUGAAUGUAUGUAAUCGAAGAAAUUAGAGUUAUAACCCAGAUCAUCUAUAAACUGAUGCAAAUAUGUAGAGUGCAAAACCUUAUAUUUUGUAUGUAUUUGCACUGUAGAGUACAUAUUUGCAUUUAUACUCUUUCCAAACUAAGCCUAAUAGAGGAAUCACGGCAAUCUCCAUCC